GAAGCAUCUUUUCCCCUUUGCCGGGCCAACUUGCAGUGGAACCAUCGGUGGAUGCAGCUGCCCUGAACGUUUCAGCUCUCCUUCCAGUUGUGAGACGGCUUCGUGACGAAAACACGGACAGUGUUGGCAUGGUCAGCAUUGGCAAUGUUGAAGCACAGCUUAGAGAGCUUCUGGAAAUUGCUGCCCUACCUGUGCAAUCCAAGCAGGUGAAGUUGGAAGCAUGGUUUGUGAAAGGGUGCUGCGUGCUGAUCAAGAAGAAGCUUUCCAGAGGUCAGUGGCCGAAAGCCAGGAACUUUCGUUUGCUGAUGGCGGCAGCUUUGGGGAGCGAUGAUACACAUGAUGAUGAUCCAGAACCUGAAGGAGAACCAGAGGACCCUGCUCACGAAUCAUCUGAGUGUGUCCUAGCGGAUGAGGUCGAGAUCAGUGAUGAGGAAGCCUCUGUGGAGGACCCCAACAAUGAUGGUGUAGAGGCUGGUGGUGAUUCAGAGGAGGAAAGUGAUCCCAUUGAACCUGUGAUGGAGAGUCAGCUUGACAGCUCUCCUCCCAAUGAUUCCCUGAUCGUGAAGGAGAUUUCCGGGGAGGAUCUGGGGGGAGUGUGUGAAGAGGAUGAGCCGGAGCCUCUUGCGGAUGGAGAUGCCCUUGGAUCCCCUUCAGUGCCCAAGAUCGAAGUUGGCAGAUUGAACAGGGGCAAGUCACAUGUGUUUCAUUUGGAGCUUCCUGCCCAUGAAGGUUCCAAGAACCCGCAAGUGGAGGCAGUGGAGAAGUACGAGGAAACCGAUGAGCAUGUCAUCGCUGAUGACAAAAAACGUCCUUUGUUCAGCAGGCGCAUGGCCAAUGAGGCUUUGGCUGCUGGAGCAGCUGCAGAGGCUGCGAAGGGUCAGGUGAUCCCCGUGGAGGACUCACUACCAUAUGGGAGGGAUACCAUGGAGACCAUGGAGAUGGAUGGUGAUGCUGAGAAUCUCAUGGAGAAGUUCAAUUCUGUCGCCGCUGCCUUGGAAGUUGAGAGUGGGGACACUGCGGACUCCGUCACCCGUCGGCAGCAGCUUGCCAUCAAGAAGGCGAUCGCUGAAAAGCUUGAGGAGGGCAACACUCCAGGAGGCCGUGGCCGUGGGCGAGGUGAUGACCAUGAUGCUCUUCCCAAUGAAGGUGAUGGGGAGGGCCCAGCUCAUGAGAAUGACACCGUGGAUGGCAACAAAGAGGCUGAAAAACAGGAGAUUGAGAUUGCAGAGAAACCCACCAAGAAGAGGAAAGCCAAGGGUGCUGUGGUGGAGCCAUCUGGUGGCUCGAAGCCUGAGAAGAAGCUUGAGAAAAAACCUGAGAAGAAGCCAGAGGAGAACAAUUGUGGGAAGAAGCCUGCCCAUGGGAAGAAACGCAAAGCAGAGGCCGAGGUCACGGCCGAGGUUGGGAAGAAAUCUGAGGACAAGAAGGAUGUCCGUGGCAAAGGUGCUGUGCCCAAGACAUUUGCCCGACGCAACCGACCGUCCACAGAGGGAGGGGCCCUGAAGUGGGAUGCCUUGCACCAAGUGUUCUUCGAGCGCAUCAAGCCGGCUGUGGUGGCACAUUCGGCUCGCCAGGACAAGUUUUGGACCCAUUGCGCAGAAGAAUGGGCGGAUUCCGACAUCACUGCCGAGAACAUUUUGGAGAAGACGCACGCAGCAGCCACCACUUACUUAGCUAAGCUUGAGGCCAGACCUUUGGACGCGAUGCCAUGGUACGUGGCCAAGGGUGGAAGCGGAGGCAAUGGCAGGAGCAUUUGUCCUGGAGCAGCCCCGGUCUUCGAUGCUUCUUUGGCAUCCGAGGAUGAGGCAGUUCAUGCUGUCUAUUCCAAAGGAGAGGACUAUGAGAGCAAACUUUCCAAGUUGAAGUUGAAUGUUGCCACCGCAACUGAAGAGGAAUUGCGCGAGUCCAUGGGUCCAAAGAAGUGCACAGCUGCGAAAGCAAAACCAGCUCCCGCCAAAGUGUCCAAGGGCAAACGGCUUCACAAGAGCAAACCUGCCACAGUCGACCCACCGGCAACUGAAGCAACCGCAGCACCUUCGACAUACAGCACGCCGGUCAAGUCACCACCACAGAAGAAAGUGAACAAAGGCGGCAAGGUCAUCCCCCGACGACUGAACUUCAAGUCUCCAGACCCAGAGCCCGCUAGUCAAGUGGAGUCCCUGAAAAAGGCGAACGAGGAACUUGCAGCACAGUUGGCAGCUUUGACCGCUGAGAAAUCCAGUAACAGUUCUCUCCCGGCCAGUGCGGCCAAGUCUAAGGGUCACACCCCAAAGAGCGGGAAGACAGGACACUGGCCCGUCAGAGGGUGCCAAGUUGGGGCGGCCCGGCUUCGCCGCUUGUGCGAGCGAAAGCCGUCCGGACGGCUCCAGGUGCCGGUUCACAUUCACGAGCAAUGGAAACAGGGCGGACACCCGCGUCAGCAGCUCUUGGAGAUGCUUGAGCAUGCUGGGUUCGAAAAGGAUACCUUCAUCGCCACAGUGGUUCGCUCCAAGGAGACCAUCACCAGGACCAAAUCGGCCCGACGCCGUGGUUGGUACACGGUUGAACGCAUGCGAACCAAGUUGGGCUGGAGCAAGCAAUACAUUGCCGGAGUUGUCAUGUACUGCGAGAAGAAGGGCAACGAAGCCCUGUGGAAGCGUGACAAGUACAACAAGAACAUCAAGAAGUACCAUGUUGACGUUGACUCGGACGAAGAAGACGAGAACAUAGAUGAGGAACGGGAGAAGGAAGAAGAAGCAUUGAACACCACCAAUGUGAAGGACUUCAGAAGCUUCAAGAAGACCAAGCCCAAGAAGCCUGCCGCUGCCAAGUCCAGCGAUUCGGAGAGUGACACCAAGAAAGCAAAUGAGGCAGUGGGCCCAAAGCAGGAGUUUGCAAACUUAAAGAAGCUUGGUGACUCUUUGCUGACGAGAUCGACUAAGCUGUCCGAACAUAUUUCGAACAUUGAAAUUGAGAUCGCAGAGAAAUCGGAUACCCCUGAAAAAAAGCGAGCAGAGUCCGUGAAGGCCCUGGAGAAGGCCAUGGAAACUCUUCAGGACCAGUUCGAGGAAAUUGAGGUUUUGAAGGUGGAUGUCUCACCUUUGCAGACUGCCAAAGAUUCAGCGGUUUCUGGGAUCCCUGCUACUCAAAAAAGUGGUGGAUCAGAUCAGGAAGACAACGGUGGCGUCCCGUUCCGAAUGCUGAUCAACGCCGAGAACCCGGCCAAUUCCUUCACCACUGCGCCAAACUCAUCAGUUAUGGUGCCAGGGGCUCAUGCCGGGCAGAUUGAUUGUGAUGGCAGUCGUGAACACAAGGCUGCAUCUAUCAGCGGAACUGCUACCGUGGAUACUGUCCCAUGUUGCCAGGUUGUGGAGAUGGCGCGUGCUGAGCUGCAGGAAAACCCUAGGGCCAACGAAGCAGUAACAAAAUUUGCCAAAAUACCUUUGGACAAUGCUGAGGUAGCGGGCACGAAGGCCGUGAAUGUGGCCAUGGCGUUCAUGUUCAGCCACGGGUUUUGGAUCCGAUCCUAUUUUGGGGGUAG